GUUUCUUGCAGUGCCUCCAAGGUACUUCUGCGCCCUGGUGUCUCCUUCCAGGUCUGUUUCCAGCUUGCAUGUGGACGAGGAUGCAUCCUGCAACAGCUUAACGAGUCUUGAACAAAGGUAAAGCCUGCGCAUCUCUUCGUCAGUAGCACCUUUUGCACUCCUUUCUUGUGUAGUUAAUGGCCAACGCCGUCGGUCCAGAAGGUAGUACAGUAUUCUCGUGUGUGUGUGCUAAACUGCAAGGAGACUAAACAUGUCCUUAAAUCAAAGAAGCUGUUAUAAAGUACUAAACUAAGGAUUCAAACGGACGUCUUCGUGACAGCGUUUCAAUUUAUGACCCCCCCCACAUUACCCAUUGUAAUUUGGCAGCUUUGUUACGUCGUUUUCCGAAGCGUGAUGAUACUUACUUGUUUUUUUGUUUAAGAUAUUUUAUUUACAUGUUUACUUUUUUCCUUUUGUUUUUGUUAAUGAAUAUGGAGAAGAGAUUCGGAUCAACUUUAAUCGCUUGCCUUUUUUUUCUUCUUUUUUUUUGGCAUUAUCCUCUUAUCAUGUUUUCCGUUUAUGAGAAGCAAGAAAGCGUAAGCGUCAGGUCUGAAUAAUGUAUGUUAAUACACCCUCCCCUUCCCCUUUCCCCGCGUUGCCACAAUUCCUCAUCCCAAAACAGCCUCCUAACUGCUCGCCUUUGGCCCCCACCAGACCCUCGAGUCGCAGCGGAAGGAGCGGGGAGAGGUCACCCUUCGAAGGAUCCUGCUGCGGGUCAUCCUACGUCUCUUCCGAGUCCUCCUUGGAAAUCACCAAGUACAGGGUGGUGAUGUUAGGGGAAUCAGGUGUGGGGAAGACAUCACUGGUGACGCAGUUCAUGACGUCAGAAUACAUCAACACUUAUGACGUUUCACUAGAUGACGAAUUCGGCGAGAAAAGCGUGUCAGUCCUGCUGGACGGCGACGAAAACGAGGUCACCUUCAUAGACCAUCCAGCGCACGAGAUGUCUGUCGAGAACUGCCUCUCCACCUACGACCCCCAUGCGUGUGUGAUCAUCUACUCCAUCACGGACAAGGGCUCCUUCAAGAAAGCCGAGGACAUCCUCAAUUACCUGUGGCGGGAGGACUACACCAAGGAGAAGGCGGUCAUCCUCGUGGGGAAUAAGGUCGACCUCGCACGAUCCAGAGUUGUCAGCACGGAGGAGAGCAAGGCGUUGGCUUCCUGCCACGACAGCAAGUUCAUAGAAACGUCGAGUGGGAUUCAGCACAACGUUGAUGAACUGCUUGUUGGCAUCGUCAAGCAGGUGCGGUUGCGCCUGGCGGCCCAGAGGAAGCGCCUCAAGAAGAUGUCCUCCUCCAAGACGUCGCUGAGCCUCCACGCCGCCAAGGAGCUCCUCAGCAAGAUGUGUCUCCUCGACAACAAGUCCAAGUCGUGCGAGAACCUCCACGUCUUGUAGAGGAGAGGGU